CGUCUAGAUGAUAUCUUGUAUACAAAUAUACACAGCAUAUUGGUUCUCGCAUUUAAAAUCCAAAUCAAUACAAAGUAGUAUCUAUCUUGAACGUUUAUUACCUGUGUAAGAAGCAAAAUUCAAAUCAAAGUUUUAAUUUCUUCUCUUUUUCAACUUGAAUCGUCUGCAUUUAUCAAAAUCAGUAAAAUUGAACGUAAAAAUGUUAAAGAUGAAAAGAUCGUAAUGGUAAAAAUAAGUUUUUACACAAUUAAUGAUGAAUUUUUGAUAAUCAACAAAAUUUGAUGGACGAAUAAAAGAGCAAAGACAACGUCGUAUGUGUACAAGCGUAUAAUUGAACAGAUACAUCAUGCAUGUCACACCUAUUCAAGAAAAACAAAAAGACUACGUUGACGAAGGGUGCCAACAAACAUUUGUACAGCAGAGCCACUUGAAGCAACACAAAAAAACAGUUCAUGAAGAACCAACGAAACACAUUUGCGACCUAUGUCCAAAAGCUUUUAGAAGAAAAUAUCAAUUGACAGUUCAUCGCAGAACUGUUCACGAAGGACGGAAAGACUACGCAUGCAAUGUGUGUCAAAAAACGUUUUCAAAAAAUCAGAACUUAACACUUCAUUUACGAACAGUUCACAUAGGACGAAAAGACUACCAAUGCGAUGUGUGCCAUCGAAUGUUUACACAAAAUCGGAGCUUACAGAUUCAUCACAAAAUUGUUCACGAAGGACGAAAAGACUACUUAUGCGACGUGUGUCCAAAAUCGUUUACACGGCAACACAAUUUAUCGCUACACAAAAGAUCAGUUCACGAAGGACGAAAAGAUCACAUUUGCGACAUAUGCCAACAAGCGUUUACAUCAAAACAGCACUUAGAAACUCAUCGCAAAAGUGUUCACGAAGGACGAAAAGACUACAUAUGUGAUGUGUGUCAAAAAGCAUUUUCACAAAAAAUCCAUUUGACGAGACACCAAAAAUUAGUUCACGAAGGACGAAAAGACUACUUAUGCGACGUCUGUAAAAAAGCGUUUAAAACUGAUCAGCACUUAAAACGUCAUUGCAGAACCAUUCAUGAAGGACGAAAAGACUACGAAUGUGCCGUGUGUCAAAAAACAUUUUCACAAAAAAUCCAUUUGACGAGACACCAAAAAUUAGUUCACGAAGGACGAAAAGACUACUUAUGCGACGUUUGUCAAAAAACAUUUUCUGAUCGGAACAAUGUGAUGGUUCACAAAAAAACGGUUCAUGAAGGACGAAAAGAUUACGUAUGUAACGUGUGUCAAAAAGCAUUUGUAAGCAAUCGCAGCUUACAGACUCAUCACAAAACCGUUCACGACGGGCAAAAAGACUACUUAUGCGACGUGUGCCCAAAAUCGUUUACAGCAAAACAGAACUUAAUACUUCAUCUCAGAUUAAAUCACGAAAGACGAAAAGACUAUGAAUGCAACGCGCAAAAAGAAAAGUUUGAUAGAAUACAAAUGUUGACAUCACACCACAAAAUGGUUCACGAUGGACAAAAGAAUUACGAAAUGAUGCGCGAAGGUAUCGAUAAUCACAAAUGCGAGCAAUGUCAGAAAGCGUUUGGCAGAAAAGAAAAUUUGUUGAUGCAUAUAAAAGUUCAUCAAGAGUCAGUUGAAGAGACACGCGAUUUAUAUGAUCAACCUUUGCCUGAAUUAUCUUCCCCGAUGAGACACUUGAUAAACCCCAAAUAAAACAAACGUUUUGUACUAUUCAUUAAGACAAAAAACAACGAGAAUGCGAUGUUUGCCAUGAAAAAUUCUCUCAAAGGCGCCAAUUAAUGAUGCACACAUUUGCUGUUCACCGAGCGAUUACAUGAACUUUAUGAAGAUGUUAACCAACUCAACAAAGUAUAAAUGAUAUAAAAAAUUGAAAUUUUUCGAAACAUUUAAUUAAUUAAUUCAUGUACAAUAUGUAUUAAAAUGGAUAAAUAGAUCUGUAUUCUCUUACAAAAGCGGUGAUACGAAAAAAAAAUUAUAAAUAACAACGAGUGAUGUACUCUGCAUCAUUGACGUCAAUUAUUAUGUCUGUACUAUUAAUAGAUGAUAAAAAAUAUUCAUAAAAAUAUUUGCUUACAUUCUGAAUACACUGGUGGAAGCCCGUAUAAGAUAGGCGUCGUGUGUUUUUGUUAUCAUAUAAUGCAAU